AUGUACAAAAAUAAAAACAAAAAGCCUUGCCACACUUGUGCAGCUACAAAGUGUUGUAAUAAUUCUAGAAAAAGUAGUGUUAGCUUUUUUUCGUUUCCAAAAGAUGUUAAUAGGGCAAAAAUUUGGUUAAUGGCAUGUGGACGAGAAGAUUUAUUGGAUAAGGCAGAACGUUUACAUACAAGUCAUCGUCUUUGUGGUACUCAUUUCGACAAUAAGAUGUUUCUGAAUGAUAUGAGAAAUCGAUUACAACCUUCUGCAGUUCCCACAAACUUUCCUUUAGUGGAGGGCUCAUCAACUUUUGAUCAUACUUAUUCUGCAGUAGUCCAAAACAUAUGUCUUCUAAGAUGUCCUAUUAAUGAAGAAAUAGUGAAAAGUUCAUCUAUGGAUAUAGAGAAAAAUGUUAGUAUUAAACAUAAACCAUCCACUAUAACUGUACUUCAGGAUAAUACUAUUACUCCUGGUAACAACAUAUUCCAUGGUGAACCUGGAAACUAA